UUUGGCAAUCCAAUAUUCACCAUGAUUGAUGAUGAAUUUGAUCAAUUAGAAUUUGAUUCGAUCAAUUCAAACAAUGUAACCGGUUUCAAUCAAUAUAUCAUACCUGAUAUUGUACAUUACAUUCAAUUGGAUAAUCCAUUUUUGGAUUUUAUAACAUUGAUAUCAAUCAUGUCUGCUGUUCGCCAUCAUAAACCUAAAUUGAUUAUUAUACAUAGUGAUCGAAAAAAAUUACGAGGAAAAUAUUGGGAAAAAAUUAUUGAAAUGAAUUCAAGUGAUACAAUAAAGACAAAAAUUUACCUGAAUAAAAUACCUAGACCAAAAUAUAUUUUUGAUCGUAAACUGUCUUCAAUAUAUCAUGCAUCGGAUAUAGCUCGACUACGUGUACUUAGAAAAUAUGGCGGUAUAUAUUUGGAUAAUGAUGUUUAUGUUGUCAAACCGUUACAUGAAUUUCGUCGUUAUGAAUUUGUCAUCGGUUGGCCCGAAAAUCAAUAUUUAGGAACCCAGGUGCUUAUUUGCCAUAAAAAUGCACGAUUCCUUCACCGUUGGUAUGAAUCAUAUCACAAUUAUAAAGCUGAUCUUUGGUACUAUAAUGCGGGAGAAUUUCCAACAAAACAUAUACUUGAACCGUCUCCAGAUCUUGUUCAUCGAGUUCGAAAUGAAUUUGGUGUUGAUAAUCUCAUUCAAAUGCUAUACAAUCGAAUGAAUCAACAAUGGCAACUACAAUAUUAUACAAUACAUUUGUUGGAACGUCAUCGAUCAUAUCUGAUACCGACUAAAGGUGAAGAUCGAUACCGUUAUUUCAACGAAUAUAAUAUUAGAACUUAUAAUCGAACAUUUGGUGAAAUGGCUCGAUUAGCAUAUUUUGGUACGAAAAAAAUUAUGGAUCUCAAUGAAAAAUAAUUUAUGAAGCGGAAAUUAAGAAAAUAACUGAAGAAUUUUUAUGAUUGCUAAAUUUACAAUUAGAAAGUAAUUGUUGAAAACUUUUCAUUUGUAAAUGAUUUUCGAG